UUUCUUUGACAAACUACUCCAAGACACAUUUUGUUUCUUAUUCGACCGUCACAGCACAUUUUCCGGAUGCUACAAACUACGUUUUGACAUUUUUUCGUGUCGGGUUGGUUUGUUUUUAAACACGAAUCCGGCUGAGUGGGCGGAGUUCAUUCUCACUUUGAGUGUUGCACGCUGUUUUUAUUGACAUAAGCUGCUUUCAGUGGCUGUUAAUAUAUAAUUACAUUUAUUUAUCACAAAUCACUCAAUUAUCUCAUCAGAAACACGCAUUAAGAAUAAUAACAGGAGUGCAGUAUGCACCAUGUAGUUUAUGAAAGAGAUACAUAUCCUUUUAUUUUCAUAUGAAAAUCAACAGUAGUGUUUUUCCAGGUGAAAUGUUUGUACUGACUGACGUCUAAUUUGCCUUUACUGGCAUAGCCCUAUAGUGCUGCUGAUUGUGUUUUUCUCACUGUCCACAUUUUAGUCUAUUGUAACAAUUUAGCAGUCAGUGCAAAUAUUUCUCUUAUUCAUGUUUUUUUAUAUAAAAUCAUGGUAUUGUAAGGUGUUUUGAUGGAAACCACACAGCACUUAAGAUAUAUUUUAUGUUCCUUUUGUUUCAUAUUAUACCCCUUUUCCACAAGUUAACACAGUUCCCUGGAGUCUUUAAUAAAAUGUAUCUGACGUGCUUUGGUCCUAAUACCACAAGGAUCAAGCGCCACAGCAGAUUUCUCAUCCUGUCUAAACAGCCCUCUUCAGAACGGCCGGUUUGAGUGUAAAUAAACUUAGAUUUUGCUGUGAAUUAAUUGCAAUAAAUGGAUCAAAAGGAUGCCAAAAUAACUACAUAAUGAUGUCAGUUUGUAAAAAGUCAGAGUUUAUCCUUUGGCAGAUCUGUCCCCAUUAUGACACGCAAACAACUUUUUAAAAUGCUUGUUUUCUGAAUGGAGUUCAGAUCAAUCAGAGCCAUGCUAACACUGUAGCUGCUCCAUCCACACUCAAAGUAACGUCAUAUAAAGGCAUAAAUCGGCAGUGACAAUAUUGUUUAUACACAUAGAUAUUUGCGUUUUUCAUAACUUUAAAGUUAUAUAAACUCACGGGCAUUUAAGACAAAUCCACUUAAUCCCAAAAGUUUAAAAAACAAACUUCUGUACGGAGCCCCUAAAGGGACAUGGGGGAAAUUUUUUUUUUAGAUAUGUUUCUCGUGCGCACGAGAUAACCUUUUUGUGCGCACGAGAUACUUCUUUGUGCACACAAGAAAAACAUCUCGUGAGCACGAGAUCAACAUAAUCAACAGUAGGAGUUGUGCUUGCUGUGAUUAAGCCUCCAAGACAAGCACAAAGGAUGGCAGCAGAAGUAGAUUUAUUCUCGUUCCUGAAAAUGCGGAAUAUACCUGAUAGUGUCAUCAACCAACUAAAAGAUGACAAGAUCGACAUCAACGUCAUAGGUGUUAUGACAGAUGAGGAGUUAAGCCAGUAUAUCGUAAGAUAUGGGGACCGACUUGCGCUCAGAGCAUUUUGUCGUCAAAGAACUGUGACAAACGAAGAGUCGGGAGGAGUAGAGACAGUGAAGUCCUCUCUCAUGCAGAAAUUAAGAGACAGAUUAAGAACUCCUGCUAACAGUGACACACAAGGCCCCGGUAUUGGCAAUAAACAUGCAGCCAAAGUCACCCGGCGGGUUGAAAUGGGAUGGCUCCACUUUGAGAGCGGAACUUAUCACCAGGUCAGAACGAGAAAAGGAGGAGGAACACGGAAUCUGUCGGUCCAGAAAUCAGUGACUAUGGGUGAACUGGUGGAGACAGGCAAAGGCUUAUUUUUUCCAAAUGGGCAUUCAUCCAAAGGACCAAUGGAAGACUUCGAGUUUGACAUUUGUGAUUACAGUCACAAUUUUGUGCCCCAUGAAGUCACGGUGGGCCAGCUGUACGAACAGACUAAACUACGAAUGCUGCGCAUCUACACAACCACCAAGGCUAAAGACAUUAUACUCCUCUCAGAUGAAUCAUCGGACUUCGAGCCAACACAUAAGAGGCCAAUGAAGGCUAGGACAAUGAAGACACGAUCCUUGAGGAACAAGACCAGGAGACGUCAUCAAGUGGAUCAUCCAGAGAGCUCCUCUGAUUUAGAUCUAGCUCCCAGUGGCUCAAUGCAGAAAAACCAUGAAAAAAGAGGAGAGACAAUCAGCCAAUCAAGAUCAGCAACUUCUGAGAUGGGUAACACAGAGGUCCUGCAUCCACGACCUUCUGAUGAUGUUGGCAGUCAUACUCAGCAGUCAACAAGAAGGCAUGGAUCUGAAGAUGACUGUUUAAAGCCUGUGCCAAAUCAAGAUGCAGACCAGUUGGUAAGUGAUGUCUCAGAUUCCCCUCUUGGUCCUGCCAUUCAACAAUCUCUUGAGGACUUUGAAGUGAACUUUGGACCCAUUGUUGGUGAUGAUAGUGAUAAUCAAGACACCACCCUUCCCAUGAAUCCACAUGAUUUGAGCAGCAUGCAGCACUUUACAUUCAAUGAUGGACCUGUAUCAUCAAGCUGUCUUCCAGCAUCACCAGAUCCAUUUGACAAAGAAAUCCUCCUUUUGAAAUUAAGACGAGUAAACAUAGUUGAUGAUGUCCUUAAUGUCUUCAUGGAUCCAAAAGUACUGAAUGCUAGUCUAAGAAUGGAGUUUACAAAUGAGAAAGCUAUGGACAGUGAUCGUGUGUCAAGAGAGGCGUACUCCGCAUUCUGGGACCAUUUCUUGGACCAGUGUGAAGGGGAAGAUGAACGAGUACCCAGACUACGACCAGACUAUUCUGAGAAGAAAUGGCAAGCUCUCGGAAGAGUGUGGUUGAAAGGAUACCUGGACCACAAAAUCCUACCAAUCAGACUGUCACCAGCCUUUGUUCUUGCCUGUUGUCAAGGAGUUAGCUCAGUGGAUGAAGAACUCUUGAUGAUGUCAUUUGCCAGAUUUCUUUCAGAGAAUGAGCGUGCGUCGCUUGAAAAAGCACUACAGGGCAACAUUGAUGAAACUGUUGAGGAGGACUUACUCGAUGUCUUCUCAAGAAUGGGCUCACACUGCCUGCCCCCUAAAGACAACUUACGGGCUGCCAUUUUAACAAUGGCACACAAAGCUCUUCUUCAAGAGCCAAAGUUCAUAAUUGACUGUUUCCACUAUAGUGUUCACAAUGCUAUGCCAACGCUCAUAACCAAAGACAACAUAAUGGAGCUCUAUGAAUCUAAGAGGCCAACUAACAAGAAAGUUGCCCAGAUGAUAAAACCAUCAACUGAAAGCCUAAAUCCACAAGAGCAGACUGCUCUUAACCACCUGCUACGGUAUGUGAGAAGCAUCGACCAAAGAAGACUGGAGAUCUUCUUACGCUUCUGCACAGGAUCUACUGUGCUGUGCAAAGACACAAUCGCAGUAACUUUUAAUGCAUUGUGUGGUUUAAGUCGCAGGCCUGUAGCACACACAUGUGGAGCAGUUCUUGAGUUACCAUACACCUACAGCUCAUACCCUGAGUUUCGUAAAGAAUUUGAUAAUGUCUUGUCUGGCGACUGCUUUACAAUGGAUAUUGUGUAGUGAAUGCAAAGGAUCUUGCACAUCCCUCUUCUACACUGAGAUUAUUAUGGCAUUUGUCUGAAGCAAAACUGUUUCUACAGAUUUACAUUUAUUUAGAUUUAAAUCCUUGAAGCAUUGUUCAUUUAUUGUUCUUAUUAAAAUAGAAACAGUUGACAUUUUUUGAUUUUUUUUAUUUUCUUAUUGUAAAUGAUUUUUCUGUAAUUUGUUAGUACACUUGAGAUUGAAAUUUUCCACAAGACGGUUAAAGAUUCAUAAUUUUGAUAAGUCAGUAGGGUCUGCUCUCACAGGUGAGUGUCCCUUUUUGUACAAUUAUUACAUUUUCAUGUGCAUCUUUGCAAUGCAAUUGUUAUUCUGAAUGAAGUUCAUCAUUCAGCAUUUUCGUCAGCAUUCAACAAAGAAAUACCUGUUCAAUGCACAUACAGUACCAUUUCAAAUGGCUGUUUUUCUUUGAGCCUCAUAUGGUAAAUAUACUGACAGUUAACUACGAAGAGCAUAAUAUUCUCAAAUAAAUAUUCAGUUCCUCUUUCA